AUGGAAUACCCGCAAGAAAGCUUCACAGCAACAACUUUCGCUCCCGACUCGUUCUGGGCGAAACGCCGUUCGGUAGUCAGGUCGCAGACCCUUCGACAUCAGUUGCAGAUGCUGAAGAGGACGGGACGGUAUGACGCUUUUAAAUUGCAGUGGCAUCCGAGCUACUCGAACCCGCCAACGGUAUGGCCGAUCCCGAAUCAUCUCUUCUGGGAUUCCGACGUCGCCAAAUGGAUUGAGGGUGCUUGCUACUUCCUGAUGGAUGAAGAGGACGCGGAGGUGGAUGCGGCCGUGAAAGAACUGGUGCAGAUGAUCCGCGAAGCCCAGGCCGACGAUGGCUAUAUAAACAUCCACUACACCGUCGUCGAACCGGGAAAGAGAUUUACCAACCUGAAGGACAUGCACGAGCUAUACAACGCAGGGCAUCUCAUCGAAGCCGCCAUUGCGCACCACAAACACUAUGGGAAUGAUGCUUUAUUAUCGCCGAUCCUCAAGUAUGUGGAUCUACUUGCAGCGACCUUUGGUGACGGUCCUGGUCAGAAGCGUGGAUAUCCAGGCCACCCCGAAAUCGAACUGGCCCUUCUCCGGCUAUACAAGGUGACAGGAGACGAGAAGCAUCUCAAGUUGGCUCGCUUUUUCAUUGAAGAGAGAGGAAACCCAACGGGCGGGAAAGGAGGUCGACAUUACUAUGACGUGGAGGCGGAAGAAAGAGGCGAGCUCAAGACCGAGACUCGAUUUUACUAUCCACAGCCCAGGAGCUAUUGGUAUCACCAGGCCCACGUUCCCAUCACGGAACAAGAGACGAUCGAGGGACAUUCUGUGCGUGCCAUGUACCUGUUGACAGCGGUAGCAGAUUUGAUCCGUCUGUCUACUCCUACCAGUGAAUUCGGCGCUAAAUAUCUCCCUGCGGUUCGGCGGCUGUGGUCCAACAUGAUCGAGAAGAAAACAUACGUAACGGGCGGCAUUGGGGCAAUCAAGCAAUGGGAAGGAUUUGGGAACGAUUAUUUCCUACCCCACAGCACUGAUGAAGGUGGCUGUUAUGCUGAGACUUGUGCGGCGAUUGGGGUGAUGAUGCUGGCUGAACGGCUGUUGCGGGUCGAACUUGAUAGCCAGGUUGGGGACAUGUUGGAACUUUGUCUUUACAACGCGGUUCUGACAGGGAUGAGCUUGGAUGGAAAAGCGUUUACCUAUGUCAAUCAGCUCGCAUCAUCCGAGAAAGACCGCUCUGAGCGAUUCGAAUGGUUCGAAUGCGCAUGCUGUCCGCCUAAUGUCACUCGCACGCUUGGAUUCCUUGGUGGUUACGUCUGGAGUCCAGUUAUCGAAGAGCGACGGGCUACAGUAAAUGUGCAUCUAUAUACGUCCGCGACCCUUCGACUUGACGUAUCCGGUUCCACGGUUGAGAUUUCGCAGAGCACUGAUUGGCCCUGGGACGGGAACGUGGCCUUCAAUGUCACCUCUCCUGACGAAUCAGUCGAGGUGGAUCUGCGACUCAGAAUCCCCGGUUGGGCUUCUUCCUAUGAGAUCACACCACAACUUAACAAUGUCGACAUCUGGAAUGGGUAUCUCUUCCUGAGCUCCUCGUGGAUUAAGGAACACCUGAAAUUUAGCAUCAAUUUUCCGAUGAAGCCCAGGAUUGUCAGACCAAACCCCUUGACCCUUCAGCCUGUGGCGUAUGUUGUUCGAGGUCCUAUCGUGUACUGUGUCGAGGACGUGGACCAUCCCUGGGAAGAGAAUCAUUUCAAGAAUGUGAUCUUUGACCUUGGGGCUCAGCUCCGGGAAGAGAAGCGAUCAGAACCGGACAAGUAUGUGGCAAUUAUUGCGGAGAAGGGGUUCAAAGAUGAGCUCGACCUCUCGCUGUGGAAAGGCAAAGUCGCCGCAGAAUUGGCCCCCGGGUCCGGCCGCAGCCCGACCUCACCCGCAGGACGGGAUCUGUGCUUCAUUCCUUACUACCUGCGAGCAAACAGGGGAGGAAAGGGCCAGAUGAGGGUUGGCCUCCGUGUACAAUGA